UGUUACGAAAAAAAUAGCUUGAAGUGUUCGUGUUUGUGUACUUGACAAAAUCUGAAUAAACAGCAAAUUAAUUCUAUUCAGACUUCCCACUAGAUCAAUUUUCCAAUUUUCUGUAGGCGACCAGAGUCUAGUUACCUUAAAAAAGGCCUUUGUAUUUUUAACACUGCUUAUAAACCGAGUUGAAAUCUGUCUUGUGAAUGCUGGUCUUUGGAUAUAUUACGUUUGUGGUAAACACAGUAAAUGCCGAAGAAAAAGGGCUCCAAAAAGAAUAUAAAUGCAGAUUUCACGAUAAAUGAUAGCGCGAACGCGCCGAAACCUGUGAGCAGAGUCAAAAAGUCUGUUCCGGAGACUGCAACCCCAGAACUAACCUGGGAAGAAAUCCAGGAUGAUGAUUUUGACAUAAUUGAGGAGGUUAAUGCUGAUGGUACAAAAAAUUUCGUGUAUAAGAAAAAGAGAAACCAUUCCAAGCCUGAACCAGACAAUAUUGACGAUCGUCCUGGCAUUGUCUACCCGGAAAUUGUGUGGUAUUUGAUUUCUCAGUAUAUAAAACCUGAGGAAGUUGGCCAUUUUGCUCGUAUAAACAAGGCAACUUAUGCAAUAACUAAGCGAGAGUCAUUUUGGAGGACAUUGUAUAAACGGUAUUGCCAGAAUAAUCCGAAAUUGCCCGAGAAAUUAAGGAUAGAGAACAGUUAUAAACUGUAUGGACUAAGACAGAGGGUGAUUCGGGCUUUAUAUCACGCUUAUGAUGUAUUUACCAAGAAAGUUGCACAGCAGGCAGUGCACGAUAGUCGACCACAUUCGCUGGUUAAGAGAAGGUGUGUCAACGUGUGGUAUUAUAAGGGACCAUCAUACUGGUCCGUUUAUUUUAAAUUCAAGAAGUCAUAUCCACAGCAGAGAGUUGUAACGGUAACAGACUUUAUAGAAGAACUCGGGAGAAUUGAUGCAAAUCCUGAUGAGGAUACACAAGUUUUACAAGUAACCUGUCAAAGCUUCUACGAAGUGCCUCCUCUGAUGGGUAUGACAUUAUCAUCAGUGAGUGUGGUCUUGUCACAGGGAUUCCGUCACCACCGUCUGCACUUGGGUUUUAACACGGGCUGCUACAGCGUCUCCAGAGAUAUCCUGCCAGAGUAUUCUGUCGUAUUAGACACCGUUGUCAACAUAUACGUGUUUGAUUGGUGGCACCCGAAGUACCCACAUUUUGAUAACACUCUCCCUUCCCACAUCAGGGACGAAGAGUCACUCCCAGUCCUAAAAAAAGACUUUUUUAAGAUCCGUGAUACGGAUUUGUAAAUAGGGAUUGUUAUGUGAAUAAAUGAUUUAUAUUUGA